AUGUCUUUGCCAUCUUCUCAACUCGGUGUCUUCAUCAAAAGCUCAGACCCUACGUAUACCGUCGAGCGUCAUCCUGUCCCUUCACCAGGUUCAGGAGAGGCUCUCAUCAAGAUCGAAGCAGUAGCUAUCAACCAGACCGAUUGGAAAAUCGUAGUCUUUGGAGGAGCCCAGCCAGGCAACGGAUCUGGGAAUGACUUUGUAGGCAGAAUUGUUGCGCUCGGGCCUGGCGUGCACGACGUGACAGUAGGCGAUAGGGUUGCUGGAUGGGUGCACGCCGCCUUCGACAAGGCUCAUUUCUCAUUCCAAGAGUAUCUGGCGACACGUUCAGACCUGCUAAUCAAGGUUCCUAGCAAUUUAUCGGACGAGGAUGCUGCAAGUAUACCUGUCGGCGCGACGACCGCGUUGUUGGGCUUGUCGCGUCUGUUCGACUUCCCGCAGAGGGCACCGCUGGGAAAGACGAUUUUGGUCUGCGGGGGCGCAUCGUCCGUCGGCAUGUACGUUUGCCAACUGGCAAGCAUCGCGGGUCUGCGCGUUAUAUCCACGGCCUCGUCGCACCACUUUGACGUUGUCCUCUCUUUCGGCGCCUCCUCUGUCAUAGACUAUCACGCUUCUGACGCCCUGCAACAAAUCCUCCACGAGGCUGGCCCAGGCGGAGUUGACUACGUUUUUGACGCCAUAUCCUUCGGCGAUAGUAUCAACCUCGCGAAUGAGGUCCUCAAAUCGAAGAUAGGAGGACUGCGGAGGGCGGCUGUUGUGCUUCCUGUUCCACCGACCAGCCUCGACCCGUUGGUGGAGUACCACGCUAUCGGGAUUCAGACCAUCUGGGACAAGCCAUACGAGUUCUUAGGUGUCAAUAUCCCGGCGAUGCCGCGAGAUCUGGCGACUGCGAAGGCUGUGUACAGGGCACUGAGCCACUGGUUGGAGAGAGGCACGUUCAAAGCAGGCCCUGUAACGCUGGGCUCUGGUGGCUUACACGGGAUCCCAGAAGGGAUUGCGCUUGUGAAGGCAGGAAAGAUCUCAGCAUCGAAGUUGGUGUAUAGAAUCGCAGCCUAG